AUGUCAGGAGCAAGACAUUGGGAACAAGACAAGGAAGCCACCGUCUAUAUUGGCAAUAUCGAUGAGCGCGUUACUGAUAGUUUAGUCUGGGAAUUGAUGUUACAAGCUGGUCGCAUUGUCAAUGUACAUUUACCCAAAGAUCGCGUCACUCAAAAUCAUCAAGGCUAUGGAUUCGUGGAAUUUAUAUCAGAGGAGGAUGCUGAAUAUGCGGCGCGCAUUAUGAAUCAAGUACGGUUAUUUGGAAAGCCGAUCCGUGUGAACAAGGCCUCUGCCGAUAAACAAAAGACUGUUGAAGUCGGCGCAGAACUCUUCAUUGGUAAUCUUGACCCUAUGGUGGACGAAAAGACUCUAUACGAUACCUUCUCGCGCUUUGGAUCUCUCAUCUCUCCUCCCAAAAUCGCUCGCGACGAAUCCUCUCUUUCUAAAGGUUACGGUUUCGUAUCCUAUGCCAACUUCGAAGCCUCCGACGAUGCUAUCGCAAAUAUGAACGGUCAAUAUUUAAUGAACAAAGAUAUCUCGGUCCAAUACGCAUACAAGAAAGAUGGCAAGGGGGAAAGACACGGAGAUGCAGCCGAGAGAGCCUUAGCAGCUCAAGCAAAAAAACACAACGUGAUCCCAGAUCUACAAAACAUGCCACCAGGAUUAUUAUUAGGCAUGAACGGAAUUCCACAAGCUCCAGCAGCAAUGUUGAACGAAUCUCCCAUACCUACCGCACCCCCCGGAUUCCCACCACAACGUCCUGCGUACAAUUCCGUUCCUCCCCCCGGUGGUCCACGCGGUGGUCCAGGAGGACAACCCCAACACCUCCCACCUCCUCCAUCGGGUCUCCCUCAAAGACCACCCCCUUCGCAAGCCGGCUACGGCGGCCCACAAAUGGACUUCCACAAUCAGCAUGUUCCACCCACUGGUCCAGGCGGAGCAUAUGGACAUCCUACUACUGGACCUGCACGAGGAAUCCAAUUUCCACCAGGAUUCGCUCCACCGGGAGGCAUGCCAGCUCCUGGACAACCAGGAAUAGUUCCUCCGCCUGGUUUAUUAAAUAUGCAAGCACCUCCUGGAUUUGGAGGUGCGCAGGGAAUGCCGAUGGGGAUGCCACCUGUGGGACCACAAGGUCAUGGGGGACAAGGUUAUGGAAGGAGGUGAGGAAAUUUGGGAGAAAUCGGGAGAUUUAAAUUAUUGAAGCGGGAGAUUAUAGGAUGUAAGAUUGAGAUUGGGAGAAAGAUAAAAAGUCAAAAGAUGAAGAUAAAUACGGUCAUGAAUACCAAAGAGGGAGAAGAGAAAAGUUACCUACCCAUGAAAAUCAUGCGCGGGCAAUGGAUAGAUAUAUCAGGGCUGGCGUUCACAACCGCGUUUCAAAGGGCUCCAGCUCCCGAUCGGUCCAUGCUCGUUCACGGAGCAUCAAAGAUUCAAAGAUUCAAAGAUUCAAAGAUUCAAAGAUUCAAAGAUU